AUGCUGAAGGUGCAGAACAUUAAACUCCGCAAGACAGCACAAGUGUUUCACAGUCUUGGGUUUUUCUGGGCACAUGAAACCGGCAUGUUCGAUCUUGAAAUCGAGAAAGACUGUGGGGUUCCUGCAUCGGACCCCUCUGCAACUAAGGACGAACUUGGCGAAGACUGGAGAAUGUGGGCCGCGAGAGAGACCCAGCUCCUGGCCUUGCUUGGUGAGCACGUCUCUAACAAGAGUGUGGUUGUUGAGAUGAUCUUUGCUGUUGCCAUUUCUAUAUCGAUCUGCCUAACACAACUCAAGACCAUUAUGUUCUUGACGCCCAGCUUUCAGACUGCACAAGCACUCCCUCCCAACGACACACAUCACACUGCCUACCAGUACCUGCAAGCGAUGCCGUAUUCAGCGCUCACGACGCCGUGA